CCGUAACUACUUCGAAAAAUGAACAGAAUUAGACAUUAGUUACCAAAUGGACUUUGUACUAUAUUUGGAGAAAAAUCAUCCUAACCUACAUGUGACAAGCAUUCUUGAUCGUUCGUUAGUUUCAUCACUCAAUAAAUCAGAAGGUGAAGAUGUUCAAUGUUCAACGACAAACACUCAUUUAUCAUUAUCGAACCUUACUGCGUUUAAUUUCACACUUUCAAAUGAUUGGUCUAAUUUUUUAAAAAUCCAUUUGGAAAAGUAUACCGACAAAGCAUUUUUAUUUGAUGUCACUUUAACACCUGGAUUUAAAUCACAUGGUGAGAUCAAAUCAAUAAAACACCUGCAUCAUUGUUAUGAACCAUAUCAUAUAAGUCAAUUCCGAAUAAUUGGUCAAUAUCAGAAUGAAACAAAUUUUGAUUAUGAUAUAACAAAAUUUGAUUUUUCAAAAGACACUUCUUUAAGGAAAAUUCCUAGCCAAGGAGAUUGUGAACGUUUAUGUUGGGCAAUCAGACAACCAUAUUUAUAUAAAAAUGGAGGAUUAUGGAUAUGUGGUAAAAAGUAUAGAAUACUUUACGCUGAUUAUAGUCAAACUUUAAUGGCUAUCGAACAAACUGAUGUAUAUAAAAACAGUUUAAGCACUUUCACAGCAAGUCGACUACGUAGACCCAAUGGAGAACAUUUCAAAUCUAAAGACGAACUACAAUUUAUUAUAUUGAUUGGAUUUCAUAGACAAGAUCGUGAACAAGCUGAAUGUAAUGCCACAAUAAUGAAUGUGAUGGAUUUAUUAAGAAAACAGUUAUCCUCAUGUAGUAUGCAAUAACUUCAGGCUUUUUUUCACUCAAAAACUUUAACUACUAUCUUGUAUAUUUAGUAGUAUAGUGUUGUUAAAGGAAAUGUAAUAACUGGAUGAUUUCAGUCCAAUAUCCUAUGAUCGAAAAGAUAGUGAAGUCUUAAAGAUGUGA